AUGCUCCGACACACGACCGCGGCCGCGGCCGCCUCUCGACAUGUCUCUCGACGCGCUUUUGCCUCACUUGCCAAUACGCCAACGACGCCCGGCGAGAAGCUGCAUGGCUUCACCGUGCUGCGCUCGAAGCACGUGCCCGAGCUCAAGCUGACGGCGCUGCACCUGCAGCACGACAAGACGGGCGCCGAGCACCUUCAUAUUGCUCGCGACGACGCCAACAAUGUGUUUUCGAUUGGCUUCAAGACAAACCCUCCUGACGAUACGGGCGUGCCGCACAUCCUUGAGCACACGACGCUCUGCGGCAGCGAGAAGUACCCCAUCCGUGACCCCUUCUUCAAGAUGCUGCCGCGCACGCUGUCGAACUUUAUGAACGCCUUCACCGCGUCCGACCACACGUUCUACCCGUUCGCGACGACCAACGCCCAGGACUUCAAGAACCUCAUGUCUGUGUACAUGGAUGCCACGCUGCACCCGCUGCUGAAGGAGACCGACUUCACGCAGGAGGGCUGGCGUGUCGGCCCCGAGAACCCGCAGGUGGCGGCCGACGCCUCCAAGGACGGCGCCAAGGACGACAGCAAGCUCGUCUUUAAAGGCGUCGUGUACAACGAGAUGAAGGGCCAAAUGUCCGACGCUGGCUACCUCUUCUACAUCCGCUUCCAGGACCACAUCUUCCCGGCCAUCAACAACUCGGGCGGCGACCCGCAGAAGAUUACGGACCUCACAUACGCGCAGCUGCGCCAGUUCCAUGCCGAGCACUACCACCCAAGCAACGCCAAGGUCUUCACGUACGGCGAUAUGCCGCUGGCCGACCACCUGCGCGAGAUUGAUGCCCGUCUGAGCGCCUUUGAAAAGAGCGGCCGCGACGCCGAGGUCCGCCUACCCAUCGACCUGGCCGACAAGUCCGAGAGCGUCACCGUCACCGGCCCCACCGACCCGCUCGUCGACCCGUCGCGGCAGUUCAAGACGUCUGUGUCGUGGAUCCUAGGCGACACCACCGAUGUCGUCGAGUCCUUCUCUCUGGCGCUGGUGUCGGCCCUGCUCAUGGACGGCUACGGCUCGCCGCUGUACAGGGGCCUGAUCGAGACCGGCCUCGGCAUUGACUGGAGCCCCAACACGGGGUACGACAGCUCAGGCCGUGUGGGCAUUUUCUCGGUUGGCCUGACGGGCGUGCAGGAGACCGACGUGGCCCACGUCAAGGACGAGGUGGAUGCGAUCCUGCGCAACGUCCGCGACAAGGGCUUUGAGCGGGCCAAGAUCGACGGCUACCUGCACCAGCUGGAGCUCAGCCUGAAGCACAAGACGGCCAACUUUGGCAUGGCCCUGCUGCAGCGCCUCAAGCCCAAGUGGUUCACGGGCGUCGACCCCUUUGACGCGCUCGCCUGGAACGACACCAUUGCCGCCUUCGAGGCCAAGCUGGCCGAGGGCGGCUACCUCGAGGGCCUCAUGGACAAGUACCUGCUGGGCCGCAACACGCUCUCCUUCACCAUGACGCCCUCGGCCACCUACAUCCAAGAGCUCGCGCAGGAGGAAGAGGCGCGCCUUGCGUCCAAGAUUGCCGAGGUCGCACACCAGUCGGGCGGCGAGGCGGCGGCGCGCCAGCGUCUCGAAGAGCAGGAGGCUGUGCUGCUCGUGGAGCAGGGCAAGUCCAACACCGAAGACCUGAGCUGCCUGCCGACGGUUCACGUCCAGGACAUUCCGCGCACCAAGGAGCCCGUGGUGGUGCGCGAGGAGACGGCCGACAACGCGGUCCGCCUGCAAUGGCGCGAGGCGCCCACCAACGGCUUGACGUACUUUCGCGCCAUCAACGCGCUGGGCCACCUGCCGGACGAGCUGCGGUCGCUCGUCCCGCUCUUCACCGAUGCCAUCAUGCGCCUGGGCACAAAGACGGACACGAUGGAGCAGCUCGAGGACCGCAUCAAGCUGCAGACGGGCGGCGUGUCUGUGGGCUACCACUCGUCCGCGUCGCCGACCGACUACACCGACGCCAACGAGGGCAUCAUCUUCACCGGCAUGGCGCUGGACCGCAAUGUGCCCGCCAUGCUGGAUCUGCUGCGCACGCUGGUGCUCGAGACCAACUUUGACAGCCCCGAGGCCGUGCAGCACAUCCGCCAGCUGCUGCAGGCAGCGUCCGAUGGCGUCGUCAACGACAUUGCGUCGUCGGGCCACGCGUUUGCACGCCGUGCCGCAGAGGCCGGGCUGACGCGCAGCGCGUUUUUGCGGGAGCAGGUCAGCGGCCUCUCGCAGGUGAAGCUGAUUACGAGCCUCGCCAACCGGCCCGAGACCGACCAGCUCGAUGACGUGCUGGCCAAGCUGAAGCAGAUCCAGCAGCUUGCCAUGCAAGCCGACGGCAGCGGCAGCGGCCUACGCGCCGCCAUUACCUGCGGCACCGAGAGCGUCGAGGCGAACUCGUCGGCCCUGUCCAAGUUCAUGUCGUCUCUGCCCGCUCCCGCUCCCGCUGCGGCCCACGUGGGCACGGCGUCCGCCGCGGCCGCCGAGGCUGCGAAGCGCGUGCAGCGCGUCUUUGCCAACGCCGAGGGCACGCCGCGCCAGACGUUCUACGCGCUGCCGUAUCAGGUCUACUACGGUGCGCUCGUCGUGCCGGCCGUGUCGUACACGUCGCCCGACAGUGCGCCGCUGCAGGUGCUGGCGCAGCUGCUCACGCACAAGCACCUGCACCACGAGAUCCGCGAAAAGGGCGGUGCGUACGGUGGUGGCGCGUCCGCCAAUGCGCUGGAGGGCGUCUUUGGCUUCUAUUCGUACCGCGACCCCAACCCGGCCAACACGCUGGGCAUCAUGCGCGACGCCGGCCGCUGGUCGGUCGAGCGCGCGUGGACCGACCGCGACCUCGAGGAGGCCAAGCUCUCCAUCUUCCAGAGCGUCGACGCGCCGCGCGCCGUCAACGAGGAGGGCAUGGGCCAGUUCCUGUACGGCGUGACCGAGGCCAUGCGGCAGACGCGCCGCGAGCAGCUGCUGGACGUCUCGCGCGAGCAGGUGCGCAACGUGGCGCAGCGGUACCUCGUCGACGGCCUCGCAAAGCAGGCCGAGCGGACCGUGUUCCUCGGCGAGCAGCAGCCGUGGGUCGAUCCGACGGCGUGGAACGUGGAGGCGAUGCACGUCAAGACAGAGUAA